AUGGAUUCUUUUAUUGCUUUAGGUGUAACUGGAAUUUUAGAAGCCUACCAGAACUGCAUCCGCCAGGUGCAACUAUGGGGCCCUACCAAUAUUGCACCCAUCAUACAUCAUGUAGCCAGAUUUGCACAAACUGCUCAAGCUGAGGAAUCUACAAAAGGGGCUGCCGCUUAUUUUAUUUUGCUGCUGUUAACUGAUGGUGUUGUCACUGACAUGGCAGAGACUGUGGAGGCUAUUGUCGAAGCAUCACGCUUACCAAUGUCUCUCAUAAUUGUUGGAAUAGGAAAUGCUGACUUCAAAAAUAUGGAUUUCCUUGAUGGAGAUGAUGGAGUCUUGACAAGUAAAUCAGGCAAAAUUUCCCAAAGAGAUAUUGUUCAGUUUGUGCCAUUCAACAAAUUUGUAAGGAGUUCUAUGCCAGAACUUGCUCGACAUGUCCUUGCAGAAGUGCCUCACCAAGUUGUGAAUUAUUUUCAGAUGAUGAAAAUUAGUCCUAAUCAUCCACCUGUACCUGCUUCAUAA